AAAAUCAACAAAGGCAAAGAAAGAUCUAAAACUUGUUCACUAAGAAAAAAAAAUCACAAUCAGAGAACCAAAACCGACUCAGAUCUAAAACUCAUCGAUCUAGAUCGCAAUUCUCCAAUGGCUCUCGAAUGGGUUGUGUUAGGUUACGCAGCAGCAGCUGAAGCGAUCAUGGUGAUUCUCUUGACGAUGCCUGGACUCGACGCUCUCCGCAAAGGAUUGGUUGCUGUGACUCGUAAUCUCUUGAAGCCGUUUCUCUCGAUAAUUCCGUUUUGUCUCUUCCUUCUUAUGGAUAUCUAUUGGAAGUACGAGACUCGACCUUCUUGUGAUAGUGAUUCGUGUACUCCUUCUGAGCAUCUUCGUCACCAGAAAUCGAUCAUGAAGUCUCAGCGUAACGCGCUUCUGAUCGCGUCGGCUCUUGUUUUCUACUGGAUUUUGUACUCUGUCACGAAUUUGGUUGUGAGGAUUGAGCAGCUUAAUCAGAGGGUUGAGAGGCUCAAGAACAAGGAUUAAGUAAGAGCCAGCUGCUUCGUCCCUCGUUGUCCUCAGGUCCUUUUGUUUGACUUUCGAUGAAAAGAGUCUCUUUACUUGUGUUGUUUUAGGUUUUUGGUGUUUUUUUUUUCCUGCGUUUUUCAAUGUUUUUGCUCUUUGUUUCUUUUGGGGAUUGAAGGAUCUAUAAUUACUUAAAUAUAUGCUUCUUCAAUGCUUGUUUGAUCUUUGAUCUGUUGCAAGUUUGGAUCUUGAUUCACUCAGUUGAUGAUACUUGCAAUAAAACUUCAAACUUGGAGUCUUA